UUCCCGCGUUUAAAGUCCGUCCCGCCAAAAUUGCAACACAGCUGAAGGAUCGACCGGUGCACUUGUUGCGCGAUAAAUGACGUGUCCCGUUCACGAAUUUGAGCAUCGCGUGAUUUAUUAGUGACGUGGACGUCCGACUAUUUCGAGGAACAUUUCGGGAAGUUUAAAUUCGGAUAAAUAUAACGACAUUUUGCACGAGAAUCGGUUCACAAGAUCGCGAUCCCGUUGUUUCCACGAGGGAAGGAUCUCGAGAAGAAACGCAUCGACGGAUUUUUUGGAGCGCGAUGUCGACCACGCAAACCAGCAUUUCUUUUCCCAUACGGAAGAAGUGCAGUUUUUACGGUCGAAAAGACGACGUCGCAAAGGAAGACUUCACAAACGCAACGGCGAGAUACACGCCGUGCAAGUAUACCCCGACCGUGAAGAAGAUUGUUACUUUGACUAGCAGCGAAUCCGAGUCCGAAUCCGAGUCCGAUAUCGAGAACAGCAGGACGGAAGAGCAACAUAGGAUAAUCGAUGACAGGCGACCGAGCAGCUUAGACAAUACGCCGAGAUCGAGACGUCGCAAGUGUAGCGGCGAAGUGGAUGAACAACUCUCUCCUUCUCCACAUAAGCAGAGAAGAAACAGAUCGCAAGAAGGAGACAAAUUGCAAGGGAAGGACAAGUCUUCCUUGACUCCGUCUACUCUUCUGAACAAAUUAGAGCUGUCCACUGCAAAAGAAAACAGAUUAAAUCCUAAGCAAUUAUUUAAAUCCCACUCCAAAGAAGAGAAAGAUGAAUUAAAUUGUAAUUCAUUAUUAUUCAAUUCAUUAUUUGGACUCAAUAAGUAUCAGAAUGCGCGUAAAGCAUUGCACAGUUCUGAAACGGAAGAGCUGCCUGGAAGGGAAAAAGAGUUAGCCAAACUGCAGGAAUUUUUUCAGAGACAUCUGGAGCGAGGAACAUCGGGUUCCCUGUAUGUUUCAGGUCCUCCAGGCACUGGGAAAACCGCCAGCCUAUUUAAGAUCAUGCGGCAGUCAGACUUAAAAUCCAAACUCAAGAUAGUCUAUAUCAAUUGCACCAGCAUGAAAUCUGCGGCUGCCAUAUAUGCGAAAAUAAUCCAAGAGCUGGCCAUAACCAGUGCGACAAAGUCGGGGAAGAAUGGCAAGGCCAUUAUAGAGAGAUAUUUAACAUCCAAGAAAUCAAUGCUGCUCCUAGUGUUGGAUGAGAUAGAUCAAUUGGAGAGUAAAAAACAGUCAGUGCUCUAUUCUAUAUUUGAGUGGCCAUCUAUAUCAAAUUCCAAGCUGAUUCUCAUUGGAAUCGCCAAUGCUUUGGAUCUGACUGACAGGAUAUUACCCAGAUUGCAGGCCAGAUGUGAACUGAAGCCAAUGUUGAUGCACUUUGCACCAUAUACCAAACAACAGAUAUCUGAUAUAAUAUCCUCAAGACUGAAUCAGGUAAACGCAAACGGUGUGUUUACAUCGUCUGCGAUACAAUUGCUCGCGGGCAAGGUAGCCGCCAUCUCCGGGGAUAUCAGAAGAGCCCUGGAUAUCAGCAGAAGAGUGGUAGAAUUGGCAGAGUCGCAUCAAGUGGCACAGGUGUUACGUCCAACAAACGACAAUGACACAAACAUAGAGCCCUUGAAGCAAGAGAUGGAAGUAACAGAAAAGCCAGUCGAUUUAAAAGAGGUAGUUACAAUUCUAAAUGGAGUCUAUGGUGGCACACAGAAUAUCGACCAAGAACAAGAGACUUUUCCUCUUCAACAGAAAUUGUUACUUUGUUCUCUAUUACUUAUCCUAAAUAAAGGAAGAAACAAAGAUGUUACCGUAGGAAAAUUGCAUGAGGUGUAUAAAAAAGUUUGCAAGAAGCGCAAUAUAUUCGCCGUUGACGAUUCCGAAUUUGUGAACCUAUGCUCAUUGAUAGAGACCAGGGGCAUUCUAAGAGUAGUAGGCAGAAAGGAGGCGCGUUUGUGUAAAGUAAACUUACAAUGGGAUCAGGAGGAACUGGACGCAGCCUUGCAGGACAAACAGAUGAUGGCCGAGAUAAUUAACGACAUAAGCUGUUUGUAGAAUAAUUAGAGAAAUUAAAUAAUAUUUGUUAUAUCUCUAAUUUAUAUUUUAUAGCUCUUUUUAUAUUUUACAUAGUGUGGAAAACAUUGCGAUUGUUACAUCACUAUCGUUUUUUAUAUAUUUUUAUUUUUUUAAUAGCCGCAUUGUAUCGUUAACGCGUUAAAAUCUCUUUGUUACCAUAAACGUCUCUAUAUCAUGUUGUACUCAACAAGAUAAGACGAGUUGACUGAAUGAAUUGACCUAUAUGUAAGACUGCGUGAAAUUAUAUAUUCUGUCGUGUAAAAUUGAUUAAAAUUUAUAUGAAAUAUAUUGAGUGUGAUAUACGAUAUUGCAGAAAAU